AUGGCUGACAAUAAAGCGAAGUCGACCAAACCUGUGAAUAAGACUCCUCCAAAGUCUCCUUCAGAUCCAGCAAAGGACCGAGCAGCAAAACGAUUAUCCUAUGAUUCAAACAGCUCCCAUGAGGGAGCUAUGGCAGGAGAAAUAAGUGCUCUGGAAGAAGCCUUUAGAAAAUUUGCCAUCCAUGGUGAUACAAGAGCCACAGGAAAAGAAAUGCAUGGGAAGAACUGGUCAAAGCUAUGUAAGGACUGUCAUGUGAUAGAUGGGAAGAAUGUGACAAUCACAGAUGUUGACAUUGUCUUCAGUAAAAUCAAGGGAAAGUCUUCCAGAACUAUCACUUUUGAGCAGUUUAAGGAAGCCCUUCAAGAACUCUCCAAGAAGCGAUUUAAAGACAAGAGUGAUGAGGAAGCAGUUCAAGAAAUAUAUAAACUAAUUGAAGGAAAAGCCCCGAUUAUAUCUGGAGUAACGAAAGCAAUUUCAUCUCCAACUGUAUCACGCCUUACAGAUACAUCAAAGUUCACGGGUUCUCACAAAGAGAGGUUUGAUCCCAGUGGCAAAGGAAAAGGCAAAGCUGGCCGAGAAGAUCUGGUGGAUGCUUCAGGAUAUGUAUCUGGAUAUAAGCAUGCAGGCACAUAUGAUCAUAAAGUACAAGGAAGCAAAUAAGGCUGAGGGUUUACAACACAGAGGGAGAAAAAGAGGGGGAAAGAGAAUAUAUUUGUAAGAAUGAUGUAGAUGAAUCCCACAUGUUUUGGUUAUUGUGAAUGCUAAGACUAUGUUGUCAAGAAGUUGUUUUCAGGAACUGGAACUGAUUUCAACAUCUGCUGAGCUACUCGCAGCAUAAAGCCACUUCAUUACAUUCCUCAUGUGUAUAUUGGCAAAAAUAAAUAUAUUGGUACAAAAAAUACAUAAUUUUGUUGAGCUUUAGACAAACAAACCAACCCACCACAACAAAGUCAAGAGCAGUUAUACCACACUUUGUCAAUUCAAGCAAAAGAUCUCAAACAUUCCUAAAUGUCCAGUUGCCCUGAGGAUGUCAGAGAGAACCUCUUGAAAAGAAGGGUCUUUCAUUGCAGUCUUUCUGAAGAAUAUCCCAUUAUUUGUGCAGCUUGAUUUGACUACCAGUUUGGGGCUUUUAAAAAAUGUCUUAUAUGGGAUUUGGCACUUUUUUUAAAACAUUCAACAAUAUACUAUUGGGGAGUAAGUGGUUGUAAUAUACACGGUGCUAGCCUGUAAAUGUCAUACACCACUCAUGAAAAACUGAAAAACAAAAAAGUUAUUUCUAAGACAGUAUAGGUUCUAAAGUAUAUUAUGUCAACAGAAAGAGGUGAAAAAUACCAGCCCUUACUUUCCUCCUGUCUAUAGUUUGUGCUUGUUACUGUGUGUACUGUAGCAUGGUUCUGACUGGCUGGAUUUGGACAGAGCUAUUGUACUAACCUGAGAGGUGAGAAACAAGACAUUACUAAAAAAGUUAAUUAAAGCUUUUUCAGUCUGUUUUCAAGUUUGCACUGCCUCACAUUUGAAAUUAAGGGACAUUAAGCUAAUAAAGCUUUAAAGUAGUGAUUAUGACUAAACACUGCCAAUCAGAUUGCUAUUAAGUUAAUGUUAUUAUACACGUGCAUUGGCACAUACUCCCUUUAAACUAUAACAUAUAUAAGGAAAUUUUAUGGCGCCUUGAAAUAAGUGCAUUUACAGUUAAUAUCCAUGUAAUUAGAUGCAAUUUGCCCACAAAAAUGUACUUUUAUAACUGGGCUACAUUUUAUGUUAGAUUUGUUUGAAGCCAAGUGAUUUGAUUCUCUGUUUGAUCUUACUACCUAACUUGGGAGUAAUAGUAUUGAUGGGAAUGGCUUUCCACUGCUGUAGAAUGAGAACCAGUUCCACAGACUUAAGGUACAGGCAGCUAUUUCUGACCUGCUUGGGGCCCAGAAUGACAAAACAGGUUAACAGGAAUAAAAAUAACUUGAUUUUUGUGUUGGUUAAAAAGGAGAGAAAAGGCUGGUCCAAUUUUCCACAAGAGCUGAACAAGUAACCCUAAUGUAUUACUCUGCUUCUCUAAAAUUAUGAAAGACAAGAUUUCCAGUAUUCAAAACCAGCUGCUAGCAAUUCUGCUUUGCUUUCUUCUGAAAAGAUCUCACGCACUGAUUUUCAUGUGUAACUCUGAAUAAAGGUUAAUAAAUUAAUUGCUCUCCCCCAACUUGCAUCAGCAGGUAUCAGCAUCCCGCUCAGUACAAAAAAUUUAGUGAGCAGUGUGUGCUGCUGUGUGCCAUGCAGGUCAGAAGUCCGUAUUUGACCAAUGUCUGGAAACAGAGCACUGAUUUUUCAGCCCUUAAAUUGUUCAUGUUUUGGUUUUCUAACAUUGAAUGGUAGCCUUUCUUGUAACUUUGCCUCCAGUGACCCUUUGAGCCCAGACAUCAGCAUGAAACCAAAACAACAAUAGCAAACAAAGGCAAGGACUUCCUUGUGGACUUGGAGAUUGGGUUGUUUGUUUAUAAUUUAUUUUAGGUUUUGUUUUGAAGAGGGAGGGAAUUUUGCCAAAACUUAGUACAUGUUCUUGUAAAGAUUUAAAUGGUUUUUCCUGUGGUUGGCUCUGGUUACCUGGGAGGAUUUUUGAUGUAUGUAAGGAUGCUCAGGAUGAGAAGCAUCCAGCUUUGUGAAACCUUUCCAAGUGUUACCUAUUGUUCUUGGAGAAAAAUUUCCAUGGAAUGGAUGUUUAUCCACUCCUGCAUUGCACUGGUGACCUGUCAAACUCUGAGGCAGAAAAUAGAAUACCGUGAUAGGAACAGUGGAUAAAUUAUUCCAGCAUGGUGAACUGUCUAAAUGUAGAGAGCCUUCUUCUACAUCACUGGUGCUUGUGCACCUGAAGAAGGCUCCAGGUUAUUCAUUGUUAUGAAUAAAAAGACUAAGCCUCUAACCCUUGAUAAAUCCUUCAGCUAAGUUACAGGCAAAACCAAUGUUCCUAUUCUUCUCAUUGACUUUGAGACUUGACUCAUAGCUCACUGGUAGCUGAAAAGAUCUGGACCAAGCCCAGAUGAAGUCCAGUCUGCUGCAGAGCCCUUUCGGCGCACUUGGUCUGGCUGUUUGUUGUUAGCAAGGUGCCUUGUCUGGCACAUCAAGUGAUACUUAACCUGAGAUGCACAAGUGUCGGGCUUUCUCAAGUAGGCAAAUACUGAGUGUCGUAAUGCCAGACUGUUGCUGCACAGGAAGAGUGAUUGAUUAGGAAAGCUUUAGGGUACUAGUUCAUAGUGUGAGAGAGCCCAGGUAUGCAAAGGAAUUGAGAAUGCAGGCAGAUCCAAGCUGGCACUGACUAAAAAUUGAGCUACUCUGCAUAGAAGAGGCUGAUCGAACUAGAUGGAGUUCUGGCAGAGUUUACUUUACAUUACUUGUACAGUACAAAAUCCAUGCCAUGAACCAAAGUACUUUGUAUAGACCUAAUGCAAAGUUCUUUGAAAUACUUUUGCUGGCAUAAUAAGCUGUGGAUCAGGACCUGAGAAGAUGCCUUAGAUAGCAGUAUUUUAUUUUGAGGAACACACUUUGUUAUUUCUUUGUUUCUACAGUUGGAUAGUUUAAAAAUUCAAUCAAACAGAUGUAUGAAAAGAAAUCAUUCUGAUAUGACAGUGACAAAGGGAAUUUGUGGCUGGAAAGAUAGUACUUUGGAAAGAUUUUCCCCUUUUACUACACUUGGUGUGGAAGAUAAAGGAUAUGAAUAAAAGCACCAAAUGCAGCUGUGUAAUUAGGGGUUCAACCACCUACUUAAGCUUUUACUUUUCCACUAAUAUCUGUAGGAAAUUAAAAGCCUGAAUACUAGCUUUAAUGUUAGCCAUAAGUUCCAGGCCUGCUUGGGAAUGAGGCAAAGUACAUUCCCUUAACUCUCAGGACAGCAAGUACAGCUGGUACCUCAGAGAUGAGGGGAGGGGACAGCUCAGGGGGUGCAGGAAGUGACCCAUUUUUCAACCCUUGAAGUGUUGUUGAGCAUAUGCUCUUCCUGUGCACCAUAGUCCAGACUGUAACUAAAUGUCAUGUCUGAAGUAAGGACAUGGGCACCUAGUAAGUUUUACAAGCAUCUCCUUUUUUUGGGCAUCUUAACUCCUUCCCUCUAGUCACUCCAUGUGCUUUAGUUACUUGUAAAGAGUUAUGCAACAACCUUACCGAUAUGGAAAUGCCAGAAACAAAAACUACUGUCCUGUAUUUUACGGCUAUCAAACCUAUCCCAGUAGUGUCACUGAGAAGCAGGCAUUAAAAAACCAUACAUUGUUUCAACAGUCCUAUGUGAACAGUUGCCAUUAACUGUAAACAAAUAUUUGGAUCUAUCCACUUUUUUUAGAAAAAGCUAUGAUAUUUCUUAUCUCUUUUUCACUUUAGAGAAGGGAAAAGGAGAUUUCAAAACUAAUCACAUGUCAAAACUUGUGUUUUUCAUCAGCACAGAGACUGGCCUUCAAAGGUUAUUUUGGAUUGAAGUAUGAUAUUUUCCAUGUAUUUUACUGACCUUGCCUAAAUUAAAAAUUCUUCUAACAACUUUUCAGCAUUAUAGAAAGCUUUGUUCAUGAAUUAGCAUUUCAGUCACACAUAUUUUCCCUCUAUUGUCUCAAUUAACGUUGUUUUUUUUUUAUGGUACUGGAAUUAGCCAGAACUAAAAGGCAAAGACUGUUACGGGUUUGGCUUGCAAGUGAUAGGUUUCCCAGCCAUCUGUAAUCAUCUGUAGAGAAAGUCCUUGUGUAUCUUUCUCCAAAACCAAAACUUUAAAGUUGUAAUUGAUAGUUUUUUUCCUUAAGGCUUGUCAUAAUUAUAAAUUUUAAUUCUUUGUGCCUGCAUGUAUAAUAUUCAAAACAUAACCGUGCCUUUCAGUGAUGCAUGUAUUCUGGGGGCAUGUGACUGUCAUCCAUGAAUGAGAAUUCUGUUUGCACUGGCCAAGAAACAAACCUUUUACCUUCAUGAUAGAGCAAAUGUAAUGUGUUGCACUAGUACCUGUCCUCUUAACUGACUGUUAGCCUUGCGUGUGUGCCAAAAUAACUACACCUUUGUAUACACUGUUUGUAGUGUGAAUAUUAGGUUCUUAGCUUGCCUAUUAGCUGGUAAUAAGUAAUGUAAUACACAGGACUUGUACAGGUUUGCGUGUGUGUACACAUACUCCUUGCAUCCAGCUAAGUAAUUAAAGCAUAUAUAUGUUGAUCUAAACCUUAAAUCUAACUAGGGCCAAACUCUAGUCCUGCAGCCAGUGCUGUUCAGCUUGGCCAGUUGGUGACACUGCCAUUCUCCCUCCAUAUCAUGAAGGUAAAGAUCUAAGGAGGCUUUUAUGUUUUUACACAUCUACCCUAUUGAUUCUAACUUUAGACUUCAUGUCACAAGAAGAGUUUUUUCCACAGUGAGGAAGUAAGCAAGAGAGAGUCAGGGUGAAAGCAAGAUUUCCUCUGAGUGCUCUCAAGAGACCAUUUAAAAUUAUGUCCUGGAUGGCCCCUGUAUUUUCCUUUGUCCCAACUUUGAAGCAAGUUGACACUCACUAUGUAUACACGUAGUUGUUCAUCGUCAGUUAGUACAUACAAAGUCAUGGUAUGUUGAGGUGGGAACAGGAAACAGAACUGUUGUACAAUACCUAUGGACUUGAGUCUGGCAUAAACCUUUAUAAAAUGAAAUACCUGAAGCGUAGUGACAGAUCUCAAACUCGUGUGAAGUUCUCAUAGUCUGGAGUGCCUCAACUUGAUACAUGUGUACCUCCUGUAUUUGUUUGGAGUGUUUGCCCAUAAAAUAGCAUCUAGCCAUUCAGUUAUUAAUUUUGUGCACCUAAGUGCCCAUUUAGUUUACCUAAUAUAAGCUGGAAAUGAUGGAUUGGGAUGUUCUUUUUAAGUCUUCAGAAACCUAAAACUGGUGAGAUGCCUUUAGUUGCAUUCAUUCUUGCUCAUUAAACUCAAAAACAAUGCUUUGAAAGAUGUCCCAGCUAGGAAUGGUGCUUUAGGAAGCUAAAGAAUAUUGCAGAUAGAACCUCCAUGUCUUAAUUGUCCAAGUAAUUCGUUUUUGCAGGGAGAAAUAACUGUUAAUAUAUUUCGUAUUUUUUUAAUGUUUUUCAGUAUAUUACCUUGGCUAUAUUGCUUCAAAAUUUCGUACGGAGAAGGUGGAUUUCAAAACAACUUUAAGAUAUAACUCUUUACUUUGUUCUCAUAAAAUGUUUGAAUUGGCUUGUUUCAUUCAAACUAAUUGAUCAUGUACUCUAGGUAGUCUUCAUCAAGAGCAAGCCUGAUAAUAAAUAAAAGGGGAAAAAAACCCAGUUUAUUUCCUCGGUAUUCUUGACAGGUAUUUGCAAUACUGGUAGCCUGAAAUGAUUUUUUAAAAAAUAAAUUAUCUUUUGUAAUCAUGCAUGUGUGCACAUGUAUGCACACAUGCACUACUUUGGGGCGUAUGUAUACAUGAGUGGCAAGAAAAGCCCUCAGUUUUUUUUUUUCCUUUUUUUUUUUUUUAAUACUUUACAUUUGGAAAUUGACAUUGAAAUGCCCAACUGACUAACCUGAUUUGGAAAAAACUUAAGCACCCACCAUUUUCCAUUGGAGGUAAACAGCCAAUUAAUUAAUUUUCAAAUAUAGUUAUACAGCAUCUCUUUUUGUGAGUUACUGUAAAGCUUAUGGCACUGUACAAAGUAAAUUUUGUUGUAAGCAUUUGUAAAGGUCUUAAAGGUAGUGCUCGUGAUAAUUUGCCCUUCAGUUAUCUUGAUUAUUUCUAUUACUUUGCACAUUUUUCAGAAGAGAUCACAAAUGUGAAUAGUUACAUUUAAGUUAACUAUAAAUGUAGCCCUAGAAAUACACUCAUACUUCAUCCAUUUUUACAUUUUGAUUGGGAGCUAUAUUAUGAAUGAUCAACAAAAUAAAAAAAAAUAAUGGCAAUCUGUAUCCCCACUAUGGUGAAUUAUUUUAAGCUCCAGUUUACAUCAGAUGAGUUUCUGUAUGCAUUUGCUCAAAUGCUAUUUUCAAACAAAGUAGUUAAAUAAUGUGAAAUAAUGCAGCCUGGGAUCUGUUAAAUAGGGUUAUAUUAAUGCAACUGAAAUGCUGUAUGUCUGUAAUAUUCAUGCUAAAUACACACUAGCUCUUUACAAAUGCUUUGUGUAAGGUCAGUUAACCUACAAACUUUGAUGUCCUGUAUAAAAUCCUGUUGGCAAACUACUUCUGUUAGCAUUGUAGUGUAUGAAAUGGCAAAGUCCUAGACAAAAACAAAGUUAUAGGAUGCAGCAAAAGCGUGUUUGUGUUUAUCUUUGUGCUGGGUUCAAAAUAUAUCAGCUUUGGCAAACUGUUGCAGCAGGGAAAAUGUUUUGUAUAAUACUUGUAAUACAAAGUAAUUUGUCUUUACAUUCUGUAAGGCAGAGAAAUGGUCAAUGUUGGAUAAGUAUAUUGAAGUUUAUUCUUAGCAAGGUUUUAUGUUUCACAGAUUUAAAUAUUACAGGAGAAAUAUAUAUUUAUACAGAAGUAUAAUUUUUGAAUGUUUGAGGUUGGUUUUCUUCAGUCAUGAACCAUUUAUUUAUCCACAUUAUGCUUUAUUCCUUUGAUAGUUUGUGUAUCUGUCCAUGCUGUUCCAUUUCUAAUUUGAUUUAGAUAUUUUGAUUCUUUAUUUGCACAAAUCUGGAUGUGCAUGCUGUCAGGACCUGAUCAUAAGGUGUAGAGGCAAAACUGUUUUGUCUUUGAUUACCUAGAGCACUAAUAAAAAUUUAAUCAUUAAAUAGUUGUGAUAUGGAGAUAGGUCUUGACGUAGUCUUCCUUGGAGAGCACUGUACAGCAUGAUUAAAAACCUUCAGUGAAUCUUACUAUUUCUUGUUAUUAUUUUCAUUUGUCUUUCAUCUUGGUCCAGAAAACCAGGAAGCUGCUGUGUGCUAAUAAUUGCCUGCAAUAUUUAUAAUUGCAGGCAUUGCAAACAUUAACAUUCAGCUGUACUAGCCUACUGUGUUCACUGUGAAAUUUUCAACAUGGUAAAAAAUUUACAUGAUCAUUUAACCUUACAAGUUUACUUUUUUUCUCACUGAUUUAACACUGAACCUUUUCUUUCAUUACUGCAAAUGAACAACUUGAGCAUAGCAUUACUUAAUCUUAACUAUAACAGAUAAACAUAUUCUAAGCAAAGAUUUUUAACCACUUGAUGAAGGGGGCCAGGCACCAUCCAGUGCGAAGCACAUUGGGCAAAAUCUUAUCCCCACUGCAGUCAGUGCCAAAAUUCUAACUGGUGUUAGCAAAAACAGAACCACCAUUACCAAGGGGUUAAUAUGCUUAGUAACAAUGACAAGAGGUUAUGGGGGAGCACAACAGUGAUUCUCUAUUUCCAUAUCUUUGUUUCUGUUAAUUUAAAACUACUACUAUUCAAUCUUUAAAAUAAGUAAAAGAAACUUGAAGGGGGGAUCAUAUACUACUAGUUUGUACUAGGUUUUUUCAGGAAAAGGAAACAAAUUUAUAUAUAUAUAUAUAUGCAAUAUAUUUUUACACUGUUUAUUAAUGCUAGAAAGUAUUAAAUGUAUCACUUUAUCAGUGUGAAUGUUAAAGUAAUGACAAUGUUAUGGAUGUUUUAAAACUUUCAAAGUUGUCUUGUUAAAUUCUAAACUCACAUUAACAAUGGAAAAGCUACUUUGUCUACAACAUUAUUGUUGAUGUUUUAGGGAAAAAGUACAGCAGUUGUUUAAUUAGCACUGUAAAAGCUUGGCUUGAAAAGUUGUAGUGAAAUCCAUAUUGUAAACACCGUUUUUAAAGCAUAGCUUCUCAUAAAGUAUGUUACUGCUGUUGACUGACUGUAUAAAAUUGUAUCUUUAGUUGGUAAAGUGAUCAAUAAAUGUGUUACUACAUCA